UUUCGUCCCCUUCUCUCUUUCUCCGCCUCUUUAUUGCUUGCUCUUCUCUCUCUGGAGUGGAACUUUUGGAUCCGAGCUGUUAGGGAGAGGGCUUGCGAGAGGCGGAAAUGGUCGAGACGAGACGGAGCUCAGCCUCGGCGGCUACCAAGCGAUGCCCAUCCUCGUCGGCUGCCAAGCGAUACCCAUCCCCGUCGUCUUCCUCGUCGUCGGCGGCUCCCCCCAGCGCAAAGCGCUCAAAGGUCGACGCGAAAGCGCUGCCGCCUAGGGAGAAGGAGCAAGUGAAUCACGAGGAGCCGGUGUUGUCGGGUCGUGAAGAUGGGAUUAUUGCUGAUGCUUCCUCGCCUGAUGAAGCUCUGAGGGUGGACAUGGAAGUGGAAAACCCUAUUGAAUUGCCCGUUCAAGGGCAUGUGGAGUGUGCAUCGCAGUUGGAUCUGCUGACGAAACAUGCGGAAGAAGGAGGAGCACCAAGGGGCGUUGCAUGGGGAAAGCUUGUAUCUCAGUUCGCUCAGAAUCCUUCUCAUUCCAUUUGCAGCAAUUUAUUCACUGUUGGUAAUAGCAAAACUUGUGAUCUACAAUUGCUCGAUCCAACUGUGGGCACUACUCUUUGUGUAUUAAAGCAAAUAAAGCGUGGUGGUGCUUCUAUCACUUUACUUGAAACUGUUGGGGCAAAAGGUGUUAUACAAGUAAAUGGGAAAACAGUUGAGCAAAAAUCCAUUAUUCUUAUUGGUGGAGAUGAAGUUGUUUUUAGUAGGCCAGAAAAACACAUAUAUAUUUUUCAGCAACUACCUAAGGAGAAACCAAAUACACCAAGCAUACAUACUUUACACAGUUCUUCAGAGAUAAAGGAUGCUUCCAAAAAGGGACUUAAAUUUCAGAACAGAACUGGAGAUCAUUCAACAGCUGCUGUUGUUUCAAUGCUAGCAUCAUGGUCAACCCUAAAGAAAGAUCUAUCUGUUGAUCCUCCAUCUGCAACUAUUGAACCUUUAACUGAUUUGGAUACAAGUUCAAAUGCCUGCAAGCUCUUUCAGGAUCAAAAGGACUUUGAGUUUCCUGUGAGUUCAUCAUCGAAUAGAUCCCAGGCAUUGAAGGAUUGUUUAAAACAAGCAAUUAUCGAACCUAAUGACCUUGAUGUUUCCUUUGAUAAUUUUCCCUACUACCUCAGUGAGACUACAAAGCGGCCUCUUCUUGCUUGUGCAUCUGUUCACCUAAAACAUAAGGGGUUCUUGAAGUAUACAAAUGAAAUAUCAUCGUUGAGCCAACGUAUUCUAUUGUCUGGUCCACUAGGAUCUGAAAUCUAUCAGGAAACUCUGGUAAAGGCUCUUGCUAAGGAGUUUGGUGCUAGAGUGCUCAUUGUAGAUUGUCUCACAUUAUUCGGAGGAUCAUCUUCAAAUGCUGAGUCCUUUAAGGAAGCUAUGAAACUUGAUAAGGCAAGUCUUCUUGAUAAACAACAUGCUGGAUUAUCUGCUUGUUUGCAACACAAGAGACCAGUUUCUAGUGUUGAGGCUGAUAUUAUGGAGGCAUCUGCAUUUGAUCACGGAUCUCUAUCUAAGCAAGAUGCUCUUGCUUCCUCUUUGAAAUUCUACCCUUACAAGAAAGGUGACAGAGUGAAGUAUGUAGGUCCAUCACAAUCAUCAGAAGUUCCUCAGGGUCCAAGAGGCCCGAAUUAUGGUUAUCGUGGAAAAGUAUUACUUGUUUUUGAAGAAAAUUUAUCUGCCAAGGUUGGAGUUAGAUUUGAUAAGCAUAUUCCUGAAGGCAAUGACCUUGGGGGCCUUUGUGAAGAACACCAUGGUUUCUUCUGUGUUGCGGAUGCACUCCGGCUAGAUAUUUCUUCACGGGAGGAUUCAGGAAGAUCAGCCAUAAAUGAAUUAUUUGAGGUUAUAUCUGAAGAAUGUCAGCGUGGUCCUUUAAUAGUCUUCUUGAAAGACAUUGAUAAAUCCGUUGCUGGCGGUGUAGAUUCAUAUGUUACUAUGAAGGUUAGGAUGGACUCUUUGUCGCCAGGUGUUCUUAUUGUUUGCUCCAAUACCCAGGUGGAUAGCCGCAAAGAGAAGUCACAUCCUGGUGGUCUUCUUUUCACAAAAUUUGGAGGCAACCAGACUACACUAUUUGAUUUUGCCUUGCCGGAUUGCUUCAGUAGGCUGCAUGAGAGAAGCAAAGAAAAUUCAAAAACAGUAAAGCAACUCACAAAACUUUUUCCUAAUAGGAUCAUCAUCCAGCCACCGCAGGAUGAAGGUAAAGUUCUUGAAUGGAAGAAGAUAUUGGACAAUGAUGUUGAAACUCUUAAGGCCAAGUCCAACAUUCAGAGCAUCCGUUCUUUUUUGAAUCGCAUUGGAUUUGAAUGCAAUGAGCUUGACCAGAUCUGCAUAAAGGAUCAAACACUUUCAAGUGAAAGUGUUGAUAGAAUAAUUGGUUUUGCCCUUAGCCACCACCUGAAUAACAACACGUUUGAAGCAUCUCCAAAGAAAACUAAGCUGGUUCUUUCAAGUGAAAGCGUCCAAUAUGGUCUGUCUGUGUUGCAAAACCUUCAAAGUGAUUCCAAGGGUACAAAGAAAUCACUUAAAGAUGUGGUUACGGAAAAUGAAUUUGAAAAACGACUUCUUGCUGAUGUCAUUCCUCCAAAUGAUAUUGGUGUAACAUUUGAUGAUAUUGGAGCUUUAGAGAAUGUGAAGGACACAUUGAAGGAGUUGGUGAUGCUUCCAUUGCAAAGACCAGAAUUGUUCUGCAGAGGGCAAUUGACAAAGCCAUGUAAGGGGAUACUGCUCUUUGGUCCUCCUGGGACUGGGAAAACAAUGCUUGCUAAAGCUGUUGCAACUGAAGCUGGUGCCAACUUCAUCAAUGUAUCGAUGUCAAGCAUAAGCUCAAAGUGGUUUGGUGAAGGGGAGAAAUAUGUAAAAGCAGUCUUUUCCCUAGCAAGUAAAAUUGCUCCUAGUGUUGUUUUUGUGGACGAGGUUGAUAGCAUGCUUGGGAGGCGUGAAAAUCCUGGAGAACAUGAAGCCAUGCGGAAGAUGAAAAAUGAGUUUAUGGUCAAUUGGGAUGGUUUACGCACUAAAGAUAAGGAACGUGUUUUGGUGUUAGCUGCAACUAAUAGGCCAUUUGACCUUGAUGAGGCUGUCAUAAGGCGGCUCCCACGAAGAUUAAUGGUAAACCUUCCAGAUUGUCACAACAGAGAAAAAAUACUCAAGGUAAUAUUGGCAAGAGAAGAUUUAGCUCCAGAUACCAAUAUGGAAGUUCUUGCAAGUAUGACUGAUGGGUAUUCAGGAAGUGAUCUUAAGAAUCUUUGUGUCGCUGCAGCACAUCGCCCCAUUAGAGAAAUUCUUGAAAAGGAAAGAAAGCAUGCAAUUCUGCAGGAGAAAGAUGUUGCAUUAGCUGAGGGUAGACCCUUACCUGUCUUGCACAGUAGUGAUGAUGUUCGUGCUCUAAGAAUGGACGACUUUAGACACGCACAUGAACAGGUUUGUGCUAGUGUUUCAUCUGAAUCCUCAAAUAUGAGCGAGCUACUCCAGUGGAACGAACUGUACGGUGAAGGUGGUUCGAGGAAGAAAAAGCCACUCAGCUAUUUCAUGUAGCAAAUUCAGUGCAUUGUACAGCUCUUCAUUUUGAAAGCUCUUCCUUGGAAAAAUCUGAGGAUCGGUGGCCAUCAUAGGCAAGCGCUUCGUCAAAUUCUCGUGUAACAUACGCGUGUUGCGGCAUUCUUAUAUAUUUAUUUUGAUUAUCUAAUUUAGGCUAAUUUAAGUAGGGAGAACCUCUUUGUUGGAAUGCAUUUCCAAGUGUAUACAACACAGUUACAACAAGUGUUAACAUUCGUGAUUAGACUGUGUCGACAACUUUAACUUCA